GCCGAGCAUCACAGUAGCGGAGGUGGUUCUUGCUCGAACGAAAAUGAUGCGGAAAAGGAAGUCUUGUCUCCUUUUGCUGUUUAUAUUACUCACCAUUACAAUUUGCAACUCUAAAUUAGCAGCACCGUAUUUUGACGAAGGCGAGAAUCUGAGUGUCGAGAAUUGUGGCGUUUGGGACAAAAGCGGCUGCGAGCAAAACAACUGGAUGGCAUAUGUCGAUUACGGAAAUUUCAGCUGCCUGGGAGUAGUCAUCUCUUCCAGGUCUAUACUGACUGACGGCUGCAGAUAUUUACCAAGUGGCGUUGCGAAAAAUCAGGGGAAAAUCUAUGUUGGCGAGUGUGCAAACAAUCAUAAUGCAACUGAGUGCAACGGCAAGCACCUCAAACUGCUCGAUAUUAUUCAAAUGAGCAACUAUCCUAUUUUCGACCUCUAUAUAACAGAGAAAAUGCCAAUUUUGGUACGCCCAAUUUGCCUGUUCAAUCGUGGCAGCGAAAUGGACUUGACAGGCCAACAGGAUUCACCAUAUUUUGAGUGGGACAGAUCACAGAACACUUCAAUCAACUGCUCUCAUAUUUACUGGCAGGAUACGCUCUCCCCUAGAACCAUCGUGCCAAUGUCUCAAUGCCUUAGUGCCAGUGCCAGGACGGAAGAUAACGAAGGAAAGAAAUUACCUUCAAGAAGCUGGUACAUUUGUGCUUCAUCGCUUCACUUCAAACAAUACGGAAGUAUUUUGGUAAACUAUCACAAUGGACGAUACUUCUUGCGAGGUUUCAAUGAAGACCUGUUUAGUCGGGCCGAUGGAUUCAAUGACAAAAAAUUCAAUUUGUACUAUGACGUACUGCCGCACACGGAAUGGAUCAAACAGCACGCCAAGGGAAUCUCGGCUCUAUCUCCGACCCCAUCCCAAAAACUAACGAGAGCGUUCAACGGAGACCUGAGUUUCCCAAACUGUGGAAAAAAGCUGGGACUUGGUAGACGGAGACGCGAAACAACUGUCCACGAUACGGAAGAAACUGCCCCGACUCAUUACGUGUUCUCAGGUUAUGAAGCCAAGAUAGGCCAACAUCCUUGGCACGCCAAUAUUAAGAUCAAUAUCAGGGAUAGCUUUUGCGGCGGUACACUCAUUUCAAGAAAGGUGGUUUUGACUGCUGCCAAGUGUAUUUUUGGAAAUUCUGCAGACACAUUUGAAGUUUCCAUUGGUUCACAUGAUAGGAUCCAAAAAAAUACUGCUGGCAUACAAAUAAAAACUCCUAGCAGGGUCAUCACACACCCAAAUUUUACAUUCAACCAAUUUCAAUACGACGUCGGUCUGUUGAUUUUUGAUGACGAAUUUGAUGUGACGGAAAAAGUUCGACCAAUUUGUUUGUGGAACGAAGACUCUGAUUUGGACCACGUCACGGGAAAAUUGGCUGUGGUUGUAGGAUUUGGUCUUAUGGACAAUUACACACUUCCAGAUGUCUUGCAAGAGGCAAACUUAAGGAUCAUAUCUCAUCAAGAAUGCUAUCUUCAAAAUAGAAGAUUUUUCGGGAAAUAUUUGAGACCUGGAGAUAAUUUCUGCGCCGGAUAUUUGAAUGGAACGAGCGUUUGCAGUGGAGACAGCGGAGGUAGUUUGACAGUCGAGAGAAACGGCCAAUGGUUUAUUCGAGGAAUCGUCAGUUUCGGAAUGUCAAAAAAGGUUCUUAUUGAAGGAAGUGAGCAAAUCUUUUGCAACCCAAAUAGCUAUAAUUUGUUUGUUGACGUCGGUGCUUAUGUUGACUGGAUCGUGGAAAACACUCCUGACAUUUCCUUUCGCUGACGGUAAUUUUGAAUGGAAACCUUUAAAAUAAAUAUUGUUGGUAAAUUGAGGAAAAUAUUGAAUAAAUAAUGUGAACAUUUUUUUA